AUGAAUCCUGAAACAUCAACUCUUCAACCACCGCCUUAUGAGGCCAUAGAUGAAGCGCAAAAUAUUAGCCUGAGGCUAGCUCACGCCAAUUUUCCAGAAAUGAAUCAGAGCCAUGUCGUUUCUAGCCACAAAGUAGCUAACUCCGGCAAUAAUUUAACCCCUAAUUUGCUAAAUAUGUUCUUAUCUCAAAAUGAAAGUGAUGUUAGUAUGCACGAUGUAGAUCCGGGCUCAUCACAAGCAGAAAUCCUAUCUUUCAAUCCAUUAUCUCUGAGAUUUUGUGAUCGACAAAAAAAAUAUCUAAUUACUACAAAUAACCAAUUGAGACAUGUAUCUGAAAAUUAG